CAACGUUCUACCGAAUAUUCCUUACGUAGAAAGUGUCCUAAAGAAGCUAAAGCUAUGACGCUCUUACGUUUGUAAAAUUGUUCGCCUCGUAUCGGCGGUCGUUUCUUAUUCUAUAAAUAAUCGCUUAAUUACCAGAAAUACAAAGCGAGAAUUUUGAAAGACGAUAAAGGAUCAUUCGCGGAGAAAUGUACACGGAAAUCGAUCGCAAACAAAACACUGAAGUAACAAAUACCGGCGAAUUCCCGCCUGAAUAUUUGAUCAAGCAUCCAUUGCAAAACACUUGGACCUUAUGGUAUUACGAGCCCGAUAAGAAUAAAUCGUGGGAAGAGAGUCAACGGGAGAUAACUAGUUUCGAUACAGCUGAAGAUUUCUGGAGCUUGUACAACCACAUAAAGACAGCCUCCGAGUUGAGACAGGGUUGUGACUAUAGCAUGUUUAAACAAGGUAUUCGGCCUAUGUGGGAAGACGAUCAGAACAAAUGUGGCGGUCGAUGGUUAAUAAAUUUAGAUAAGAGGCAAAGAACUACGGAUCUAGAUAAUUUUUGGUUAGAAAUUUUGCUUUGUAUGAUUGGGGAAGCAUUCAACGAAUACUCCGAUGAUGUAUGUGGGGCUGUAGUAAAUGUGAGGCCAAAGGGAGACAAACUUGGUAUUUGGACGUCAAAUGCAGAUUCCGCGGAUAGUGUUAUGGAAAUUGGUCGUAAACUGAAGGAAAGAUUAAGGAUCACAUCAAAAACAACUAUGGGAUAUCAAGUGCAUAAAGAUACUAUGAUCAAAGCUGGCAGUCAAACAAGAAAUACAUAUACGCUUUAAAAAUAUUGUUACAUUUAUUAUAUCACCCUUAAGUUGUUCGUUAAGAUAUUAAUUUCCAAAAUUACUAAAUGAAUUAUUAAUGAUUAGAUAGUUUCAAAAAUUUCUGGAUAAAUUAUAAAUGAUAUAAUUGUGAGAGAAAGUGUCUCUACAUUAUAUUACAAAAAAUUAAACUUUGUUUUGGAAAGCAUGUUAUAUGACCAUUGUAGCCAUGUUUUCAUCUAACAACAAAAAUUAAGUGAAAAUUAAUAAAUAUAUGUUGAACUCAAGUAAAACUGAAGUAAAUUGAAGUUGAAUUGAAGUAGAUGAAGAGAGAAAAAUAUUAAUAUAAACAUUUAGUUUUAAGAGAGGUAUAGUAUGUGUAAUUUACAUUUAGUUUAGGAAGAAAUGCGCAGGCUGCUGUAUUUCCCUAUGACUGAUAACAUGUAUGUGGUCAUGAUGAAAUUAUACAUUUAGAUGUAAUUUACACAACUUUAUUAUCUUUCAACAAAUAAAUUCUUGUAAUUUGU